CAUAAUCUAAGGUAUUCAUUUUUACUACAGCUAAAACUUAAAUACUCAGUAACUACCCUAUAUCAAAAUGCCAACUUACAAGUUAUGUUACUUCGACCUCCGAGGACUUGGUGAGAUGGGAAGAUUAAUCUUCGCAGAGGCUGGAGUUGACUACACCGAUGAAAGAAUAAAAAAAGAAGAUUGGCCAGCCAGAAAACCAGGCAUGCCAUUUGGGAAGAUGCCGGUUCUAUUUGUGGAUGAUGUUCCAAUCGCUCACAGCAGAGCUAUGGUUCGUUAUCUUGGCCGAACAUUCAAUUUAAUGGGAUCAAAUGAGUUGGAAGCAGCUCAGAUUGAUAUGUGGAUUGAAGUUUUGUUCGAAGCUGUUAUGGAAUAUCCAUUCAGUGAACAGGACGAGACCAAAAAGGCAGAGAAAAAGGAGACUGCAUGGACCGACCAUUUUUUUCCUAAAUUUACAAAACUGAAUGAACAAAUUGCAAAAUCAUGUGGACCAUAUAUUCUAGGAGAGAAAGUGUCAGUUGCUGACAUAGUUGUCUGUGCAAUGAUAGAGUUGCUUAAGACGUUGUACGAUGCCUCCAAGUUCGAGUCUUUCGGUCUCAUUAGUAAACUCACAGACACAGUGGCCGCAAGACCAAAUAUUGCAGCUUGGCUGAAGAAAAGACCACAAGACUAAAUCUAACAAAAAACCUCUAAAUCCUAGAAUGAACUGUUGUAAUAAUACCAAUCAUUGGUCUCACACUCACUCACUUAAACCUUUCAUAUCAAGUCAACUUUGUAAAAUGUUAAUAAAAUAAUGACCAUUGAA